AUGCAGAUAAAAAUGGAAUCGCUGAAAAAUAUUCCGCUCAUAUUCUUCCUUUAUUAUUUUUUGUGCGUUUAUCAUCUAUCCUCUCAAUCCGAUGAUUUUUACGAUUCCGAUGCCGCCAUUGAUUCUUUAAAUGAUGAAAAAGAAGCUGGUCUAUUUCCGGUCGUCUUAAAUUUAGCGAGUGGAGCUAAAAUAUGGACGAACGCUACCUGUGGCCAACACGAACCCGAGACGUAUUGCAAAUUGAUGGAACAUGUCGAGAAGAAACCAUUUGAUUGGAUUUCCAACAAACAAUGCGAUAUUUGCGACGGAAAAAGCGCCAUCUUAAGUCAAAGGCAUCCCAUAGAAUACGCCAUUGAUGGGACGCAAAGAUGGUGGCAAAGUCCUUCUAUAGCCAAAGGAUACCAAUAUCAAUUCGUGGAUAUUAUCAUUGAUUUGAGACAGGUGUACCAAAUAUACUACUUGAUAAUUAAAUCUGGACCAUCGCCCAGGCCCGGAAAUUGGAUUUUGGAGAGGUCCAUAGACGGCAUAACAUUCAAGCCUUGGCAAUUCUUCGCCACUAACCCUUACGAAUGUAACGAGUUGGCCAGGGAGUAUUAUUACGACAAUCCUCAAGGAAUGAAAGAUUUUUCCUUCGACUCAGGGGCAAUAUUGACCGGGACAUUUUGGUUCGAAAAGGAUGAUCAAGUCAUUUGCACCAAACAAUUUAGCGAAUUGUUACCUUUAGAAGAUGGAGAGAUUCACGUGUCUCUGAUCAAUGGACGACCCGGCAUUAGCGGACCCUCUCAAACGUUGAUAGAAUUUACUUCGGCUCGAUACAUCCGACUAAGACUGACAAAAAUAAGAACUCUAAGCGCUGACUUCAUGACCAUGGGAAACAGGAUUCAUAAAGACCUCACGCCGCUACGGCGUUACAACGAAAAAAUAGGUAACGCUACUAAACGCUCCGCGGGAGAAUUUCGGAAAAGGGGUGGAGAGAAUUUUCGGCAAGAGGAUUACGAUAGCGAAAGCAGUAAGAAGGCCAGGGACGUGAAGGAUCAAAUAUACAACCAAAACUACUAUUCAUCCUUUACGUUGGAUCAGACUGUCAGUAGAAGGUAUUACUACUCUAUACGGGAUAUUUCGAUAGGAGGCCAAUGCAUCUGCCACGGUCACGCCGAAUUAUGUUUGUAUGACUACGCGACAGAGAAAAAGAUAUGCAAAUGCAAUCACAACACUUGCGGAGAGUCUUGCGAGGUUUGCUGUCCGGGCUUCUACCAAAAGCGAUGGAGUCGCUCUACUUCUAAAACUAAAUUUAUUUGUCAAGCUUGCAAUUGUAAUUCACAUUCCACGGAUUGCGUGUACGACGCCAACGUAGAUAAAUACAGUCAAAGCAUGAAUUCGAUGGGUCUUUACGAAGGAGGUGGAGUGUGCGUACGUUGCCAGCAUAACACAGCCGGUAUAAACUGCGAAAGAUGCCAAGACGGAUAUUUCAACCCUCAAAAUGUACCCAUGAAUACGAGUGACGCUUGUAGACAAUGUCAAUGCCAUGGGUCGGGGGUGGCUUCCGAUAUAUGCCUCAAGGAAAAAAAUUUGAUGAACCAAUUAGCCCACUUCACUGAUAUGCAACCGGGUGACUGUUUUUGUAAACCAAAUUUCCGGGGACCAAAAUGUGAUAAAUGCGCCAAGGGCUACAGGAAUUUUCCCGAAUGCACCCCCUGUCCGUGUAAUAUAGCCGGAAUGAGCGAUAUCGAUGAUUGCGAUGGUGAUAAUUGUAAAUGCAAGAAAAAUGUGAGGGGAGAUUAUUGUCAAAUUUGUGCUGACGGAUAUUUCGGGCUCUCGGAGGCGAACGCUAAAGGUUGCGACAAAUGUUUCUGCUUCGGCCUAUCUAAACUUUGUGAUAGUCAAGAAUGGUUCAUAAAAGAAGUGUCGCACAUGAGAGGUUGGUCUAUAUCCGAUAUAGCAGGUAAGAUUAACGUGCCUGUUCCGUCCCUCGAAAAAUCUGCCGGCAGAUCUAGUGUGCUAAGCUUAACGCGGGAGCAGUUAGAGACUCUUAUGAUGACUUAUACCUCCUCCACGAGCAAUUCGAAUUCCAUAUCUAAUGAAGAUGGAGUAAGUUCGAAUUUAGAUAUUUUCCGUUCCAACCAAUUUUGGCAUUAUUACUGGUCCGCCCCACCCGAUAAAUACAUAGACGAUUACAAACUCUAUUAUUCGAGGGGCCUAAAAAUUAGCUUCGAUAUAACUUACUACGCCGACGCGGAGAGUCCAGAUUCGUACGCUAGCGGUAAUGCGCUGAGACACCAAAAAAAGAAACAAUCCAUGAAUAAAACUAGCCAAAAUUUCAAAAAAUCAUUUGUAGACUGUCCUUUCAACGAAUCGCCAUUGCUAAUAAUCGAAAAUCGAAACGGAAGAAAAAUAGGAUAUUACGACAAUGAAUCAAAAAAAAUACCUAGUCCCGACAAAAAUCCCCAAAAUGGUGUCAGGCAAAAAUACGUAAUAGAAAUGGAUCAUAAAAAAAAUUGGUUUUUGCUGGCCCGGGAUAAAUUAGACCAAAUGCAAACUUUCAAAAAGCAACGUUUAUCUCAUAAAACAUUCGCUACAAUCUUAGCCGGAGCUAAGCGAUUAUUGAUACGGAGUCAGUACUGCAAUUCGCAAUCGUUAGUGUAUUUUAGGAACUUUUUGCUGACACAUGCCUCGCCACAUGAUGGGAUAGAAGCGACUGACCUAAUAGGAAUAAUCAAAAGGAAUGAUAGUGUAACCCCGUAUCAUAUACCACCAUCAAAAAGACAUAUAGUCGAAAGCUGCCAUUGUCAGAGCCCGGGAUCACAAUCGCCAAGAAAUGGAUCAUUAAUUUCCAAAUGGGAAGAAGACAAAGAAGAUGAUUAUUAUUUGGAUUAUCAAUCAAACCAAGAACAAUCUCCAUCAAAUGACGAUUACAAAGCGAAUAACGAAAAUAAUUAUACCGGAUUAUCCUGCCAAUCUUGUCGGAAAGGUUUUAGAAGAGUCUACGAUAUCACCUACAAAGGGUUGUGCAAACCCUGCAACUGUAACGGACAUUCGGAUAGCUGCGAUAGUUUUACCGGGAAAUGUUUGUCAUGCAAGCACAACACGCGCGGGUUUAACUGUGACUUUUGUGAAAACGGUUUUUACGAACUCGCUCAUCAUCUCCUAUCCGCCCGACUUAACAAAGUUCACGAUCAUUCGUGCCUUCCUUGCAAAUGCCCCUUCGCUGACAAGAAGCACCCGACUCAAGAUGGGUUAUGUACAGCAGCUGCGAAUUCUCGUAUAGACAAAAAUGAUGAUUUCGUGUGUACCAGAUGUCCCCCGGGCCAUACUGGAACUAAGUGCGAAAGGUGCAUGCAGGGAUGGUACGGUGACCCAAUAAGAACGGGACAAUUUUGUAUCCCUUGUCAAUGUAACGGGAACAAUUUGGCUCACCCCGUAUCUGUAUCUACUCCCCAUCGCGAUAAAAUGGCUUCUUCUUUGAUAGCCGACAAUAAUUUAGAGCCAGUUAGUAAGAUGGACGAUUAUAAACAAAUAUGCGAGGCGAAGACCGGAGUUUGUUUGAAUUGCCAUAAAAAUACGAUGGGGAAGCACUGCGAAUUGUGCCGAGACGGGUUUUACGAUGCUAGACCUUAUAUGGGAUGCAAAGUUUGCGAUUGCUAUGAACGUGGUUCAAUCUCGGAUAAUUGCGAUAAAAUGACGGGGCAAUGUAUUUGCAAAGAUAGAUAUGUAGGCAAACGAUGUGACACCUGUCAACCGGGUUUUGGUGAUGUAACGUCCGGCUGCUUGCCGUGUAAAUGUGACGAAAUCGGUUCAUUUUUCGGUUCCAAUCUCGCGUCUCCGUGCAAUCAGAUGACCGGAAAUUGCGUUUGCAAACUAGGAGUAAGUGGAGCGCAUUGCGAUAAAUGCUUACCGGGCCAUUACGGACUAAAUCAUAAUGGAUGCGAUUUUUGUCGAUGCAAUCAGAUGGGAUCUAAUGGCACUGAUUGCGAUUCUAUCUCAGGUCAAUGCAAUUGUUUGCCUAACGUUGUGGGGAGAACCUGUGACACUUGCAAAUCAGGGCAUUGGGGCAUUCAUCUUUCAUCCUCCUCUUUCCUCAAAACCACGAUUGGCAUUAUUAAUAAAGAUAAAGAAACCAGAAAUAGUACGAUGGGUUGCACGCAUUGCUUAUGUAACCCGCUGGGAUCGGAAUCGCUUAGUUGCACGCAGGAUACCGGAGAGUGCGCUUGCAAAUAUGCGGUAGAGGGGAAGUAUUGCGAUAAAUGCUCCCGCGGUUUUUACGGAAACUUGAUUGUCCCCUCCUCGCCGAAUAAUGAAUAUGAAGGAACCGAUUCUUCCAUUGCUUGCCGACCCUGUCCAAAAUGCCGAAGUAAAUAUCAUAUGUGUGACAGGCUGACGGGCGUUUGCAAGUGCCCUCCCAAUACUAUGGGAGAAAAAUGUGACAAAUGCUUACCUUACACCUGGAAAUACGAUUCCAAAUAUGGAUGCAAAGCUUGCGAUUGCAAUCCUAUCGGGUCAAAAUUUUUGAACUGUUCAACCGGCGAAGGAAUCUGCACGUGUAGAUCUGGAUAUUCGGGGAGAUAUUGCGACACUUGCUUAUUCGGUUAUUUCGAUUUUCCUAGAUGCCGUAAAUGUAGAUGUAACGUCGUAGGUACAGAGCCCAACACCUGCGCAGAAGCAAAUUUAGGUGAUGGACCACUAUGUCAAUGCGCAGAUGAUGGGCAAUGCAAUUGCAAAAAAAAUGCGAGGGGCAAAACGUGCAAUCGUUGCCAACCCAAUACGUUCGGUUUAUCUCCAUCGAAACCCGAAGGUUGUACCUCUUGCUUUUGUUUCGGCAGGAGCAACGACUGCGAGUUAGCACCGUACGAUACGUCUCAGGUGACUCUCAACACUAACAUGGAAGGCAAUUAUUUGCCCCCCGACAAGGAGGCGGCUGAUGAGAAAAUGGGCAAAAUUUUUUCCUCCCACAGUAGACCCAAAAAAUACGAGGAGUUUCUGACCAACAAAAAUGACAAAGGUGUUAACGAUUUGAGCCCUCUAAGAGUCACCGUUAUAUUUGACCAGAGCUCGGAAAAGGGAUUAAAUAAGAGUGGCGGUAAUAGAUUCGAAAACGACGAUAACGACAACGGCCCGAUAACGGGAAGCGGGGAUAAGGACGCGUAUGUUGGUCCGAUUAACGUUUACGGGGAAGAUGGAGAGUUUGACACUAAAGGAACUUAUUACGGGGGGAGACGAAAGGGAGCCAUCGAUAUUCGGGAUUCUGAUUUCGUUUAUGCUAAAGAGAGUAGAGAUUUAGGAUAUGACGCUGUUAGCAAGGAUGACAUAAUAACGGACGACUUAAACAGGAUUCUGAGAAAGAGGAGAAGUCCCUCCGAUCAAAAAUCUUCCGAGGACCAAGUUUUUACCGUAGAUCUUCAACAUUUAUCUAGACCUAAUUUAGAUCACGAUCAGCAGGAUUUAGCGAUUCUGACACUAAAACCUCCCGUGCAAGGUCAAACUUUCUACUGGAAUUUGCCCAAACAAUUUUUGGGGGACAAAAUACUUUCCUAUGGUUCUAACUUGAGUUUUAAAUUAAAUACGUUCCCCAUAUUACCGGACCUCGAUAACCCUACUUAUUACAAAGAGCCUUUGGUGCAAGUCAGAGGCGGGAACGGGAAAAUCACCCUCUUAUAUUUCCCGAUACUACCCGUGCAACGAAAUUCAGCUGAUUUGGACAUUGAUUCGUCCGAUAAUUUAGUCGCAGAGCGAGAACGGGAUCGAGAAAAACUCAAAGACGCCAACCUUAUGAGGCUCGCCGACCUCAUGCUGAGCACCGAAAACGAUCCUAUCUCGAACGUCAGAGACUUUAAAAACAGUCAUUCCUACAACCGAUACAAUCGUCAUAAUUACAAGCGUAAUCUGGUGAGAGAGGAGGAGCAGGAUUACCUUUACAAUUUCAUUUUCAAUACUCGAGAUCCAAAUAGAUACAAAAGAUCCACGUCGCCAUCACCAGCCGCUAUCAAUCGAAUACAGGUGAAAAAUACUCGCCACCACUCACUGACGAAUAAACGCCCCAGAAUACAAUACGAUAGGGAUAUAGUAAGGAAAGAUAAGGGGAGUCUGAUUUUUAGAGUUCCAUUGCUUCCGUCCAAACGUUGGAGAUGGAGUCAGAAUCCGAAUCACGAGGUAACGAGAGAAAUUCUGAUGCUGUGCCUGCAAUCGGUCAGUCAAAUAGCCGUGAGAGCGAAUUUCGAGAAUUUAGAAGAUGUGGAUAACAAUGAUAAGAAGAAAAAAUUUGUCGGAUUAGAACUAGCUAGCAUAUCGCAUCUGGCUUUGGGAAUCGGAGUUUUGCCCGAUAAAGAUAUCAUUUCAAAGGUUUCACCUAUCCCGGUCGAAAGUGUCGAAUUAUGUCGGUGCAAAACUUCAGCCUAUGCCGGAACGUCAUGUCAAAAUAUUGGUUCGGGGUAUUACAGGAGCUAUCAACCUCGAAUACAAGGCACCGAGCAGUUUAGCUCUAUGGGUGCGAAUAACGCUGAUAAGGAACACGAUUAUGCUAAAGGAGGGAAAAUAGUUUCUGAAACAUGGAUAAAUAGCGUAAUAGGUUCGGCGGAGAUAUGCGAUUGCAACGGUUACGGAGGACGGAAGUAUCAAGACGGACUCGAAAUAUGCGAUAGCGAAACCGGAAAUUGCUUGUCUUGUAACGGUAACACGGCGGGACCUAGAUGCGGAUCCUGCGCGUUGGGAUACUAUUAUACUAAAGAUAUUUUUGAGAAUGACAACAGCGCACCUCGUCGACAUACGUGCUUACCUUGCGCUUGCCCUCUGACCUUAGCGUCUAACAGUUUUUCUCCGACUUGCAGGCCUAAAUUUAUAAAUCUCCCUGACCACCCUUUAUCGCAAAAUAGUUUGGAGACGGCAGAAAAUUUGAUUUGCGAUGCCUGCGCUAUCGGCUACGCUGGAGAUAGAUGUCAGUUCUGCGCUCCAGGAUAUCACGGUUCGCCUACCAUAAUAGGAGGAAAAUGUCAGCCAUGCGAAUGUUCGUUGCCAGGCUCGGCCGAUAACAUAUGCCACAACCAAACUGGGGCGUGUAAUUGCUUGCCCGGCAUAAUGGGUUACCAUUGCGACUCUUGUUCCUUGCCCGGUCACGCUAUAACCGAUCACGGAGGAAAAUGCAUUUCCUGUUAUGUGGGAUGCAGUGCGGACUUAAUGUAUGAUUUAGACAUUUUAGAAGAGAAUCUCAAAUCCAAAAAUUUGAGCCAAAUAUCCCCCAUGCCUUGGGGCAGAUUGAACAUCAUCUCCAACAUCACCAAACAUUACAAGGAUCGUGUGCUUAACCUGACCAAAAACGAUAUGGCGGUCACCCCGGGACUUAAUAAAAUAAUAGCUGCCUUAAAUAAUCAAGAGAAUUCGAUGAAUAUCUUGCAAACUAAGGAUCAAGGAAUGAAAGACGCCUUGAACAAAACGAUGCUCGAAUACCAAAAAUACAUCAACGCUUCGAACGAAUGCAACAACGAGAUACGGCAGACCCAUAACGAUUUGAUAAAUCUGAUAAAUUCCUUAUCCAUUUUCACUGGUCGGGUCAAAGGAAGGCUUCAAGACACUCCCUUCCAUCCUACAAUGACGCAAUUCUUUUCAUCUGAUCUCGAUUCGAAUCGUUCCAGAUACGAUGAACUAGAUGAAAUCCACCGCAGGGAGAACAGUACGUUGGCGGUUCAAUCUCUCAUGGAAACGGUGGAGGCGGAACUAGAGAUAGAGAAGCACUUAGUGAUAAGCGGUGAAGAGAAUAAUUUUGCCAAAGAAUUUAGCCACGAAAUUCGAAUGUCCUUGUUCGAUGGUGGCGAAGGAGGAAUGGGCAUGAACGCCAGUGCGAAAUCUAGGGCUUUGCAAGCUCUGGUGGAUGUCGAGGAAAAGAUCGAGGAACUUUCCCGGGAAUUUAUAAAGAACCCUGAGGGAUCGAUUGAUAAGGCUUUGCAGUAUACCAAGUCCGGUCAUGCCUCCGACGAGAUAAUCAAUGGGUUGAAGUUGGAUAUAAUGGCUAUCACAGAGAUGACCAAUGGUACACGGGAUAACCUGCGAGGAGUAGCGAAGUACCUAAAUUUGACGGAUGAGACUCAAGAUGAAUAUCUAUCUUUGUUGAGGCGAUUCAAUAUCUUGAUGGAUGAAAGUAGCUCAACGUUAGAAAAUCUGGAAAACGAUCCGUUAGCCGCUCCCAUUGAUAACAUCGAUAUGGUUGUUAAUUACGAUUUUCUUGGGCCUAGUAAAUCUCAUUCGUUAGAACUGGAAGAUAAAGCUCUUUUGUUGACUAAUUUGCUCGGCGCGACAAAAAUCGUGUAUUCGAGACCCAUGGACGCCUUAAACAAAUUAAAAUCUAUUUACUUUGUUGUGCAUAACAAUUCGAUAGGAUCUUUCAACUCAUCCAAACUUUUGGACACUGUUCUGGACCAAGUGAUGGGUUAUCUAAACGACCAUCUUAACGUUCCCAAUGAUAUUUUUAAGAAUGGACAAAUUAUUGAAACCAAGGCCAACGUAUUUAAUUCUCACACAUUUACGGGUAUGAGACAAGAUAUAAAUAAUUUGCAAAGUAAGAUGAACCUCAGCAUGGAAGGCGUGAACGAAGCUUAUCAACAACUCUUGCUUUUGGAUCAAGAUCAUUUCAUAAUUCCCAAUUCGAGCAUCGCUAUGUCUCAAGCGGUUGCCAGUUUGGAGCGGGCAGAUGAUUUAGCUUUGAAAGUCAAUGAGAUCAAACAAAAAUUGAACGGGGAAUUUAAGGAUAAUUUUUCGAAAAUCGCUUCCUUGUCCAGCGCGAGGAGCGUUAAAAUAAUCAAUGAUCAAAUAUUUCAAACUAGAAACAAUGUUAGCUUGAUACAAAGUAACGCGAUGAUAUUGGAGGAAAAAAUCAGGGGUUUGAACGAUCAAAGAAAAGAGUUGGAGGUAGAAUUGGAGUCCUUGAAGGAUAUCAUACUCAUGGCUAAAUUGACCGCUUCCAACAUUCGAGUAUCUAUGCAAUCAGCGACAGGAAAUUGCCAGCGAUCUUACGAUGUCCAUAAUUUGCUGACACCCAGAACUAUCAACGAGAUAACGCUGGCUUUUAAGCCUUCUUCUUUCUCAAAAGAUGCUCAUCCGCUUGAGAAUGGUAGCCAUUCUGGCGAUGAUACGCGUAUGGAUAGAGAAAAUGGAUACAAGAUUCCGAUAAUUUCUUUAGUCAAUUAUGACCCCGAGACAAACGAUAUUGGCGAUGCUAAUCCACAUCGCGAAUUGAAGAAUAAAGAUCGACUGAGUCUCUUCCUGAAGGAUAAAAUAUUGGUAUUUGAGUGGAGCAUAGGGAACAACUCUAUGGGGACGAUUUCCGACAAUUCAGUAAUUUUUGAUGAUAAAACUGUCGCCAAAGACGUAUGGUAUACCCUAAGGGCUAAAAGAAUUGGCAAUAAAGGUGUACUAAGAGUCAGCGAAACAUUAUUGGAUAGCAUCGAAAAUAAUCUAUUAGAAACACAGCACAUCAACUCCGUCAACCAAUCCAAGAUCCAAAAUACUAAUCCCGUUAACGGGAUUGACAAUAGUCACAAUUAUCCUAUCUUCAAAAUCGAUAAAAAUACGGUCCUGCAACUCGGAAACUAUGAAACCGAGGUACUCAAUGAUAACGGAGAAAAUGAAAUUAUUAGAAACAACGGUUUUCGCGGUUGCGUUAGUGAUCUUACGAUAGACGGCAAUAGAAUAGGGCUUUGGAGUUUUAACGAACAAAAGGGCGCUUGCGAUGGUUGUUUGGAAAGUCCUAAAGAAAGCCGUGAGGAUUUGACUUAUCAGUUUAACGGACGGACCAGUUAUGCCAAGAUUCCUCAGAUAUCUCGUUACAAUUCUAAAAGGUAUUCCUUGACUUUCCAGUUCAAGACUCACCUAGCUAAUUCUUUGCUAUUCUUCGCCCAAAAUCGGGAACAGGAACAAUACUUUAGCAUAGAAUUGAAAGGUGGCAAAGUUUUAUUCAAAUUCACUUUAGACGGGAAGAACGUAGCCAGUAUGCAAACUGCUCAACUCUACAACACCGGAGAAUGGAUAUACUUUUCGGCCGAAAGAUUAAAUUAUAGAGGACAUUUGAAGGUGAAUAAUGAAAUUGUGGAGAGUUCGGCUAGCCCUUACGGUACUCAAGAGUUAGCGCUAAACGAGGCGGAAUUGUAUUUCGGGGGUACGCCACCUGGUUUUAAUGUCAAAAGUAAUUGGAAUUUGACGGAGAACAAAUACUUUAUGGGUUGCAUGAGACUCAUACAAAUCGGUCAGACUUCCAUUGAAUUGUUCGAAGGGCAGAUAUAUGGACUAGAGGCCGGCUGUGUAGCUAAGCCAAUAUAUACCGUCAAUUUCGUGGGAUCGGGCUUUGCCGAUUACAGGCUCAAGAGGUUUGCGAAUGACGACAUUGAAACUUUGAGUCUUACAUUUUCGACUCUCAGUGCGGAUGGCUUGAUAUUGCUCAUGUUGAUGAAACGAAGGAUGGGUGAAACGAAUUCCGCGGGGAGCGUAUUGGAUCAAGCGGAGAAAGAGGGGGAGGAGGAAAAGGUGGAUACUAAGAACAACUUCGUAUCCAUCCAUCUGCUGAACGGCCAGAUUUACGUUCAAUUAGGUAACAGAGAAGCCCGCCGACUUUUGGCGCUGAAAAGCUACACUGAUUACACUCACGAAAAUGAAUCCGAAAAAUCGUCUAGGGACAAAUCUAGAAGUUACAGCGACGGGAAGAUGCACGUUUUGACUCUUUCCAAAAGAAGAUACACACUAUCCCUCUACAUCGACGAUGAGUAUCUAACUUCCGUAUCACUCCUCAAUUCGCCUCCAUCUCUUUCAAUAAAGCAAGACGCGUUCCCACAUUCUUUUGACCUUAAUGAUACUAAACUGCUAUUCAGUUCUCUGGAUCCUUUCUCCACUUCGCCAUACCCCGAUACAAAUAAUCCCGAACUUUCUAUUCUCAGGAUAACUAGCUUCGAUAAAGCCAAGAACGUCCACCUUCAAGAUGCAGAUGGAGAGAUGACCGAAAUGGAAAAAAUUCAGAGAUUUACGAAAGAAUACCGUGAUAAGGAUGGAGGGGGAAAAGUUGGCGAAAAAAAUGGCGUGAUCAAUAUAUACCUAGCUUUGGGAGGAUUGCAGCAUGAAACCUACAGCGCGCUUUACGGAACCAGUACAACCUCACCUUACCUGAAACCGUUCAAGGGUUGCGUAUCGGAUAUAGUGCUCAAUGACGAAUUAAUUUCUCUUCACGACCCUUCGCGUUUCGAAAAGAUGGAAUUCAAUUCGUGCUCACUCACCCACCGCCAAUCGAUCACCUCCACCGAGGACCAAGUACUUCUCGAUCUACGGGGCACAUCCGAUCUAGAUUCCUAUGAUAAUAAAUAUAUAAAUUACACGUCCUCCACCCCGCCCCCCGACGAAGCGGUGGAUGAGGGGAAGGAAGAAUUUUACGAUUACAAAGAUAAAGGCGAAAAUAUCGAAGAAAUUACAAUGUUGCAGCCUACAAUCAACGUUGAUGGAAAAAUGGAUUCCAAUGGAAGUUCCUGGGAUUUUAUAAGCACGGUACCGCCUCCCAUUCCUCCCCCUCCACCCCCACCGUCUACUCAUUUCAUAUUUAGGAACAACGAAAAAACGGAUCAAACACCUGAAAUCAAAAUAAAGGAACAUUUGGAGGAAGAACAAACCCCCCCUAACGUCAGCUUAUCUAUCGACGAAUUAUCAGCUAAGAGGCUAAAAUUGAUAUCCGCUAAGAAAAACUCGACCUCAAAACUCACCAAAGAAAGAUCGAAAGAUGAGACUAAAGUAUUGAAUAUUUCAAGUGUUAGACACGCAUCUUGCUCCCCUCUCGUGAGAAAUCACUCGAUAGAUUCCAGCGCUGUUAGCUUUGGCGAAUCUUCCAAUAGCCACGCUAAAUUUGAAUUCAACCAUAACGUCAUGAGGAGAAAACUUGAUAUAAGCUUGGAAUUCAGAACGUUUUAUUCGGAAGGUUUAUUGAUAUACCUUAAGGAUAAAGGACAAACGGAAUAUUUGGCUAUCCAGCUCAGGGAUUCACGAUUGCAAAUAGUUUAUUACACUAUGGGCGACAAAGAAAUACUAUCCCCCGCGGGAUUGAAUGACGGAAAAUGGCAUAAGGUAAGCAUACGCAAAGAGAGACGUAGUUUAAUAGUCAAGCUAGACGAUUACGAAGAAAUUAGGGCGCCUAUAGUCAAACUGCUAAACGUGGUUGCUCCUGGAUAUAUAGGAGGUAUCCCAGAAUCGUACAUCCCUAGGCCAAACGUGAAAACUCAGAGUUUUAAAGGUUGCAUAAGAAAUCUGAUGAUCAAUCGAGAAAUUCACGAUAUUUUUCAAUCGGAGUCUUUUAUCGGACUCUCUCAGUGCUUCAUGAACGUUGAAACGGGGGCACAUUUUACGGGGGAUUCCUACGCUAUAUAUGAGAAAAACUUUAACGUUGGUAGCGAGAUGGAGAUAUUGAUAAAAUUUAGGACCACCCAAAGGAACGCUGUGCUAGUGAGUAUAGGCGAAAAAGAUGGGUACCCUUCGUUAGGACUCUCAUUAUUUGAGGGACAGGUGGUAUUCUCAGUCAAUAUGGGAGAAGGUCUGGGUCCUUUUAAGGCCAUCAAAAAGUUUGACGAUUCAACCGAAGUUGGCGCUGCCGACAGCCCAAAUCCUUUAGGUGGCAAUUACAUAUGCGACGAUAAAUGGCACACCGUGUUAGCAGCUUAUGUUAAAAAUAUCAUAACUCUCAAAGUGGACGAAUUUGACAUAGAGUUCGGUUUCGACGAAGGCAAUCUCAAGGAAACUAAAACCAACAACUUUUUGUAUGUCGGCGGUUUUCCCGAUAAGAUGAAGAAUAAUCAAGGAUCAGUGCCGACGCAUCAAAGAUUCAUCGGUUGCAUGAAGUUUGUCAGCAUCAAAAAGAAUAAGAAAGAUUGGGAAAAUAUGUAUUCACUUCAUAAUUUGAACAAUAAUUGCCCCAUCACACCGUAAAUUUUAACAACGUAUAUAAUAAAGCAAGAUUUUUUGACUUUUGUGAUUACUGUUUAUAUAUACAAGAAGUAUGUAUAAUAUUUAUAUUUUCAUAAAAUUUU